UUCCGCGGGGAGCCCGUCCACAAAAGCAAUGCCUUCCCCCACCAAGAGGGUUGGAACGGAAGGUGCCCGGGUCACCUCGUGAAAACCCGUAAAAAUUCGCUUCCCGUUAAGAGUAAUCGUGAGAGGUAGCUGCAACAGAAUAUUUCGACCCACAAUCAUGGGAAAUUCACGCAUCCCGGGCAACACCAAGAACGCGCCGUGAUGGGUGGUGCCCUGAAAAACAAAGGGGGCCUCCACGAUACGCGAGACCUGCACAGCGUUUGGACCGAGCGCGGUAUUAACGGUGGUGAAUAAUGGUUUAGAUGGCAAGGUAAGCUGGGUCACCAGCGAUUCGGCAACAAAAGAAUGGGAUGCGCCCGUAUCUAGGAGCGCGGAAAAAUCAAACCCUUUAAGUGAGAUCUGGAGUAAAAUCAGGGGAGGGGCGGCGGGUAAACUCGUCAUAAAACAGUGCGCCGCAUUCACUGAGACGAGAUUGCGUUUCCCAACAACUGUGGGCAUGCGCAAAGUCUAUGACCGGUUUGGUGACAAUGGAAACAAGUUACGUUUGCGUCAUCAACACUCGAAUUUCGCGAACUUGUCGAAAAAUUUGAACUGGAUCCGGUCCUCCCAGCUGCAUUGGAUGAAGAAGAAGAACUGGUCUGACCUCCUUGUCGUAAGCCUAGUCGGCAAUCCUGCAAACUAUGGCGCGCCAUUCUUUUGUGAUGGUCGCACCAUUGUUGCGGGGGCAGGUCCUUCGGGUCCACUCGUUGCCUCGAGCCGGACUUGGCGGAUGACGAACCGGUGGCAGUGGUUCGAUGGUUGAUACGAUAGGCCUCCGCAAUGUCCACGAGCUCGUCCCACGUCAGCAGGCGUUGCGCGUCCAUUUCCGUUGGAUCUCGUCCUUGAGUCCGGGCUUGGCGAUGUUGUAGAGUUGCUCCUUCAGCACAUGCUGAAUCAGCGUUUUGGCGGCGAUCAUCUCGUCGGCUGUCAUCUGGAGGUAGCUCUGGCGAGAAGUCCACUCACGGUCUUAACGGGUAGGAGUUGCUGUGAUGAUCAUUCUACACGUGGACCGAAAACUUGCACAUUUCGGAUUGUCAGAUUCAGAUAUUUGAUUGUGGUCAUUAAUUUUUCUGGAUUUCAGGUGUGCUCCUCGCUAAUAUUUAAAUAUGGUCGUGAUAACGCUUCCUGUGAUUGCUUUUUUCCUCAUGGUAAUUCAGUUCAGUUAUGCUGACGACGAACUGAAGUGUUUGGUAUGUCGGAGUCUUGUGCAAGAACUUAACAGCGAAAUAGCGAAGGUGGAUCCAAAAAAGAAAAUUAACGUUGGAACUGGACGUCUGAGCCCAGAUGGGGACAUAAAACGUAAUGUGCUGCCCUACGCAAGGUCAAAUGUGCAUCUAAUGGACCUUCUGGAAACUGUAUGCGGAUCAUUCGACGAUUACGUUGAAGGACACUAUAAGGAUACUGGUGAACGGGCGGUGGUUAAAAUCAUGAUCAAUGGACAAAUGAAUCCCGAUUUUUCUCGUGUGGAACCAAAACUGAAGGAUGAUCUCAAUAAGGGCUUGAAAUUUUACUGUGAGACAAUCGUUGAGGAAUUUGAGGACCCAAUCAUGAAGAUCUUUGGACACAAGAGCGAGUCCAGAGAUGAAGAAUCAGACCUGUGCAUGAAGGAAGCUGGAUUUUGCGAAUUUCAUGCUGAAGAAGAUCCUUACGAUUUUGAGAAGGAGGAGUUGUAAAGCCGCGGAAAGUUUGAUGAAUCAUCCUCAAUGUUCUGUGAUUUUUUGCUGUCAAGACCAAUACGUGCACCCUUAUUUUUCUAGAGAAGUGCGCAUCAUGAAUUCAUCCAUGGCCUUAUUCGUUGCGAGAACAAUCUCGUGCUUUAUGAUGAUGGUGUUAUUUGAACGUGGGUGUUGAAAGGGUUCUCGACUGUUACCUUGAUCUGAUCAGCUUCCUCUUUACCCAACUAUUCAGACUUGCCGUAUUCCGCGUUUCCCACGGGAAUCUUACUUUGCCGGGGUUGUCCUCUCGAAUGCGGCGAAUUACUGGUUGCAAUACGUGUUCCCAUUGUUCUUGUUCAGUUGUUCUGGUUGAAGGAUCAUCAGCAGAGUUGAUUUUUCCAGGAAGUGUUGAAGUCGUGCUCUACCAAGGUUAGGAAUUAAAAAAGUCAAUUUAUCGGUA